AAGUCUUACCCUUUGUAUUGAAGUUGCCAUCUUUUUUAGCUUCUCAACUCUGUAACUGAUACCAAAUUAUUCUCACUUCUGCCUCCGUCACAUUCUAUGCAGAGUUGCAGACCCUCCGAACCCAAGAACCUGAGAGAGGUAAAGGGUACACAAUCUGGAGGUGAUGGUUCUUUGUCUGAAGUGACACUUGUUUGGACAAUUUCACAGUAUUUCACUUCACUGUGUCAUUCAUUUCUACACCUUCAUUUCAUUCAGCAAACACAGUAAUGGCUCAACAGGAAGAAGGGUGGCCUUUGGGAUUGAGAUUCUUGAACUCUAGAAUUGGGCUGAUGAGAAAUGGUUCUGGGUCAGCCUCCUUCAGCACUGUGCUCACUACUUCUCACACCCCUUCAACUGAUUCUUCCUCAGAUCUUGACACCGAGUCUACUGGAUCACUCUUCCAUGACGACAGCAUUACACUUGGAAGCCUCAUUGGUAUCUCUAGCUUCUUUGAACUCUCAAGGAGAUCAACCAGGGGAAGAAUGGUGGAACCCUCCAAGGACAACAAAAGGAUUCACAAGCUGAAGCCUUGGUUGUUUUCACUUUGUUCAAGGCUAAGUACUGAUGCAGUGAUUGGGAAUGAUGCUCCCUCUCUUGGUCACUACCUUCAAGCUGAGAGAAGAGGUGCAAGUACUUACAGAAGGAACCAAUUUCCUACCACUUAUGGACCCAAUGGUUUCUCCCCUAUUCAAGACUCAACCUCACUAUUAGUGGGGAGCCAAAUUGAUCCUAACAGAGAAAUGGAAGAGUGAUGAAUAAGGAACAUCAAUAGUUUUCUCUUGUUUGUGUGGAUGGAUAAUUCAACAUGUGAUGAGCCCUUGUUAUUGAUUUAUAUUUCAUUCAGAGGUAAUGGAGUUCUUUAUCUGUUUCCGGAGAUUCUCCUGUUUGGUAAUUAAAUUUCAAGGCAUUAGGAUGUUAUGUUCUGUACUCCAUUCUGUCCCACAUAGUCAGCAGUUCUUUAUGAUAGUAAUAAUAAAAUAAUAAAUACGUGCUGCACACCACAAAUUUGAAC